ACUACAAAUACUUUCACACAAGGUUAAUUAACACUCAAAACUAGCACAUUCUCAUACCUUGUUCUCCCUUUUGAACACUGCUUCUCACCAUGUCGUCUUCUCUCUGUCUCCACAUCUUUCUCCUUUGCUUUUUGGUGCAUGCAUGUAAUGCUCGUCGUCCAGUCUUCGUUACCAACCAGAGUACUGAAAAUGAAGUCAAUUUUCUAGGCAAGCAGGAUGAUGAGAUCAAUAACCUGGGGAAGUCAGAACCAAGGUCUUUAGUUGUCGUACAUGAAGUGCAAAGACAAACACAAGAAGACUUCAAUGGAAUCCAUGAAACAAAAAAGGGUGCAGUUACCAUGAAGCAAAAACUCAUCAACGCUUUCUUUAUAGCAAAAGAAGGCAUUUCAAGGGCAAUUACAGGUUAAUUAAGCUCAGAAUAUUUCAGUAUUUUUCUGAUUCCUGAGAUAUGAAAAUUCUUUCAUUAAAUUAUUUAUCUCAAA